ACAUGGGAACAUGGGGAACAAGAAUAGCUGUUGCGUCUACUCGAGUCCGCAGGCCGGGCGCAAGGAGGCGGGGCCCGAGUGCGCCACGCGCAACCUGGAGGAGCACCUGCCCGAGGGCGGGAUUAGCGUUAAUAAUUUGCAACAUAUCAGUGAACGCGAGCCGGAGGACUGGGACUCGGAUCCGUCGUUGCACCCAUGCGCGGGUACCAUCUUCAUGGAGCGCUCCAAGCAGGCUAUUGAGAAUGGCAUGGUGAGGAAGAAGAGUCAACAUCAAAUAGCGGACACAAGGCCUUUGAAGAAGAGCAGCAGCUGCAGUACAAUAUAUUUAGACGACAGCACGGUCUCACAACCUAACUUGAAGAAUACCGUCAAAUGCGUUGCCUUAGCCGUUUAUUACCACAUUAAGAAUAGAACCUCGCAGCGGCAGAUCGACAUAUUCGACGAGAAACUGCAUCCGCUAACGAGGGACGGCGUCUCGGAGGAUUACGACAAGCAUAAUCCGGAGCAUAAGCAGAUAUACAAGUUUAUAAGGACUCUGUUUAACGCCGCUCAGCUCACCGCUGAAUGUGCCAUCAUAACGUUGGUUUAUCUUGAACGCCUACUUACUUACGCGGAGAUAGACAUAACACCGGCUAACUGGAAGCGAAUAGUGCUGGGAGCUAUUUUGUUGGCGUCCAAAGUUUGGGACGAUCAGGCGGUGUGGAACGUUGAUUACUGUCAAAUAUUGAAAGACAUCACGGUGGAGGAUAUGAACGAAUUAGAAAGGCAAUUCCUGGAGAUGCUGCAAUUUAACAUAAAUGUUCCUUCGAGUGUAUACGCCAAAUAUUACUUCGACCUUCGUACACUUGCGGAAGCGAACGAGUUAACAUUCCUUAGCGAGCCACUUAGCAAGGAGAAGGCGCAGAAGCUAGAAGCUAUGUCCAGAGUUUACGAAGACAAGGUCACAGCCGAGGCCCUACGUACUGGUAUCAAAAAGUGGUCCAGCUUGGACAACGUAUGCAUAGGCGGACCUAGACGUAGCAUUGCUAUUUUAUCUUAAACAUAUUUACGGAUGUAAAACGCAGGCGCACGGUUACUGCUCAGAUUUUAAAUGGAGGUACGUGAAGUUUUGUAAAGACAUUGUUACCGAUCAAUUUUUAUGAUUUUGAGAGAGAGAGAGAGAGAGGAAGAGAGAGAUCGUUUGGAUUGUACCAAACAUUUAUGUUACAUCUCUGUUUAAUUAUUAUGGAAUGUUUGAUGUAUUAUAUACAUCUCUUGGCAAGCUGUUUUUAUAUAUUGUCCAAACUAGAUGUAAAGAUAUCACAUGUACCGUAUGUACGGCUAAGUUGGAGGGAUUUCCGUCGCAAGUAUGGCUUGCAAUAACAAUCGUAAAUCUAACUAUUGUAUAUGUUAUUGUAUACUCUAAAAUUUAGACGGUUUUUAAUUCGUUGCAAUUUCCAAUGCGUUACUCCCGUUGUCUGCAUUAAAGAACCGUGAGGUGAUUCUCCGAUAGAGAAGACUUUCAGAUUUCGUCUCCUUUUUCUAGAUACAAUUCCUAACUUCGAUUAAUUGUGUUAUACCACUAAUUGCGAAAAGCUAUAAAUAUUAAUCUUAUUUGACGAUAAGUAUAUCAAUACAUUUCUGUUGAUUGCGCAAAAAUUCUACUGUCUGGGACCUUAAAAUGUGGAUAUAACAAAGCAUACGAGAAUGUGAGGCGUACUGACGAAACAAAGGGUGAGAAAGAAAAUGUUUUUAUAGUCGGUAGCAUUAUCUGUACUGUCCUUAUGGGAGAAAAUAACUUGUGAUAUAUAUAUUAGUCAACUAUUCAUUAUCCAAAGCAUUUUAUAUAUUGACUGAAUUUAAUAAGAAUCAAACUUACGGCUGAUUUACUAAUAACAUUCUAAAAAGUGAAAAUAUGCAUACAGCACGCUUCAAAUUAGAGAUCGUUGACGUUUGUUAAUGAACGUCAUAAUUUAUCAAGAUAAUCCAAUUAGACAUUUGCAAGCCAAAGUUGUAAUGCACGUCAUCUUGAUAUAUCCAAAUUAUUUUUAAGUAUAUUAAUAUAUUUUCUUUGAUUUGCCUAUCUUCUCACUGUUGUGUACACGAGAGAAAUCGUGGCUUUAGAGAGGAAAUAAAUUUACACAUUUUUCUUUAAUACAUAAUAUUCCUAUGUACUUUUAAUAGAUUUCUGUAAGGCAAGUGCACACCGUUCAUUUCAAUGCUGUGUUUCAAUGAUCGCUGCUAUUAUUAGAAUUUUCUUUAAUCACAAAUGUACAGCAUAACAAUCUAGAAAAAAUGUUGACACUUAAUUCGAUACAACGGAUUUAAUAAGUGAUUUAUGUAUUUUGAAUAAUAGUACAUAGCGAGAACACCAUUUAAAAUAAGAUAUUAAUAUAAUAGCGUAAAUAUAUUAGCAAAUCAGCCUUUGUAGCUUAUUAAGAAUGAAGGGCACGAUAAAUUAGUCCGAAUAAUUGCUUUUAUAUGGCGCUACUUCCAUGGAUUAAUAACUUUAGAUGAUGCGCGCGAUAAAGAUAAGCCAUGAUAUCAGGGUUGCAUCUUUUUUCUCUUAUAAGAUUACUCAGUCUUGCAAGGUUUCACAUUAUUAAUGAGUGGAAUUUUAUUUGUAAUCGUUCUAUUCAGGAUUAUCGGAAAGUUAACUCAAGUCCACAUUUGCUCGUUCUUUUCAUCAUGUAAUACGCAUUACUUUUAGACGCUUUACGGAGAAACGUUGAAGUAUUCAUCAAUCUUUGAUAGGAAGUCAUGAAGUGAUCACAUUUCCACGGCCAUAAAAUUUCUAAUAACAUUAAAGUAUUUAAAUCUGACAGCUAUCUAAAGCAUUGCGUUUCGUCUAGCAUGCAAUUAAAUCUUCCAAAGAUCAUCGAGGAACACGCCCACUAAAAAGAAGGCGAACGUAGAGGUUGUAUCAUAUUCACAUUUUACUACGUAACAAGGUUAAAUUGAAAUACCAUUAAUAUAAUCGUGUACCAUACUACUAAUUGACUUAUGUACGAUAUAAUUUAAUAUUUUGUACCUACCGACUAGAACUUUAAAUAUAAGAUAGGUCUUGUAUUUGUACCGUAUGACUGGUUAUACGUCUAUAAGAAUUGAAGUGUAAUCUGAGGUUCCGUUGGAUUUUCAGAAUGCCGCUGCGGAGGAAGAGCAAUUGCGAUUUAUUAUUAUUUUUAUAUUUUAUUACACGAAAGUCAGAGUAUUGUAACGGUCGAAUUUAUAAUAGAGCGGCUGUAAGGCCCGACGUACGUGAGAGGUAACGAAGCGAAGCUACGUACGUUCUCGGUUUUUAACGCAUUGUAUAGUGUAUACCGGAUGAUGAGAGCAUAAUGUAACGUAUUUGCAAUCUCUGUCCACAUGGCAAUCUUUCAUUUCGCCUGUCCGAUAAAUAAAAAUAUAUUUUUACUGCAUUACUAUAUUAUAGGUAACUACAUACAUACGUGCUAUGUAUGCUGCGGAAGUGUUUAUACAACUUUACAGAGCAAUUAAUACACCGUGCGAUGCCAAAACGUUGUUAAAAUUAUAUUAUAUUGUAUAGACUAUU